AGGCCGUGUUUGCGGAGAAAGUCGAGGAUUGGCUGUCAGGAGUGAUCGGUCCGGCGAAGGAGUAGGAGGUCCGGGUCGCCAUUUUGGCAGGUUGUGAGAGCCUUCUGUCGUCGCCGUGAGCUGAGCUGUCGUCCAACCCGUCCAGCCAGCUUAGCCGUAAACGCGUGCGAGAGAGCUUCUGGGCUCGAUCGAAUCGCGAUUUCGUUGGCAGGCCGGUACCGGGAAUUACGAAAUCGAAAGAUUCACGCGAACCGGCUGUACAUAACGAUUUUUCAUUCGAUGUUACUCGUUCGAUCGUUCGAGUGAGACAUUUCCUCGGUUACCCCACGAGUGGUGUGCGUGUGACACAUUUAGUCCCCGUCGACCAGUUGGCGAACGAUCUUGGAAAGUGAUUAUAGAAUAGGAUCAAAAGGUAGCAGGUGAGCUGAUAAAGACUUCCAGUGUGACAGAAGGAACGACAGUAUGGCGGGACAGACCAUCAACGACAGAUUAUUAGCAGCGAGACACAGCAUCGCCGGGCAGGGCCUUGCCAAAGCUGUAUGUAAAGCCACCACCGAGGAGAUGAUAGGCCCUAAGAAGAAACAUCUCGAAUAUUUAGUACGAUGCACAAACGAGCCGAACGUGUCGAUACCACAGCUGGCGAAUCUACUAAUAGAACGAUCACAGAACACCAACUGGACGGUGGUUUUCAAAGCUCUGAUCACGGUCCACCAUAUGCUUUGUUAUGGCAACGAGAGGUUUACACAGUAUCUGGCGUCCAGUAACAGCACGUUUCAGCUCAGUAAUUUUCUCGAUAAAAGCGGCGUGCAAGCAGGAGCACGUAUCGGCUAUGACAUGUCACCGUUCAUCAGAAGAUACGCCAAGUAUCUGAACGAGAAGGCUCUUUCCUACAGAACUGUAGCGUUUGAUUUUUGCAAAGUUAAGAGAGGAAAGGAGGAUCGCACCCUGCGAACCAUGAAUGCUGAAAAAUUAUUGAAAACCUUGCCAGUUCUCCAGGCACAAUUGGACGCCUUGCUAGAAUUCGACUGUACCGCUAAUGAUCUUACAAACGGUGUUAUAAACAUGGCUUUCAUGCUUCUCUUUCGAGAUCUGAUCCGAUUAUUUGCUUGUUACAACGAUGGCAUUAUUAAUUUACUAGAAAAAUAUUUUGAUAUGAAUAAAAAGCAAUGUCGCGAGGCUUUGGACUUGUAUAAAAAGUUUCUGAUACGAAUGGAUCGGGUUGGUGAAUUCUUGAAAGUUGCCGAGAAUGUCGGCAUUGAUAAAGGGGAUAUACCUGAUCUAACAAAGGCUCCAAGCAGCUUGUUGGAUGCAUUAGAACAACACUUGGCUUCCUUGGAAGGAAAGAAGGGCUCUGCAGCAAAUACACCAACGCAAUCUGCAAGCAAUAGAACGAAUGUAAAGUCGGGAGUGUCCGCCCUGUCUUCCACCAGUACUGCGUUUGGAACAGCAGCGAGUAACAAUCGCCUCGACCAUGCUGGAAAUGGACAUAUCGAUGAAGCGUUACGGCAGCAAGCUCUCGCGGAAGAGGAAGCCGCUAUGAAUCAGUACAAGGCAAAAGUACAAUCUCCGUCGAGCGGCCCAAGCACGAAUCCAUUCCUCAGUUCUCCAACGAAUAACGCCAACCAGCCAAUCGUAGAUUUGUUUGGUGCAUCAUCAGCGACGGCAGAAAAUCAGCCACAGAAAGCAUCAGACGAUUUGCUUCAGCUAGCAGGCAAUCCUUUUGCGGACAUGUUUGGCGCACCACAGCCUGCAGCUGCGCCGACCACACAAGCGCAAAACAAUAUGUGGAUGACUAACGGUAACGGUUUUGCCGCAGUGCCCCCAGCAAAUAAUAACUUUGUUACAGAUAACAGUUUCUCUUCCGUAUUUGGCAAUCAAGAUUCUCAAUCCGCUGGUGCUCCAGGAGCAGCGGGAUCCGUACCGAACCCUUUCAUGUCCGAUUUCCCUUCCCUCGGUCCCCAGCCACCGCAGUCAAACGCAGCCGCUUUUGGUCUCUUCGAGCAGGGUGCCGCGAACCAAGGUGGCGAGAGCCAGCAACAAGCGCAGACCGGAGACCUGUUCAGUGCUGGCGGUCAGGCAGAUCUCUUUGGGAGCGACUCUGCAGUGCCCAAGACCGCGGAGGGAGGAGCCGCCGGGGAUGCUGCCGGUGAGACGGUAUCCUCAGCGACUGCAGCCUCCGGUAAGUCCACUGCCACGCCGCCUCCCAGACCGCCGCCUCCCGCGACAGCCAUAAACGGUGCUACGCCAAGAUCAGCAUCACCAACUACAGCAGGAGCGGCGGCUGGAAAAGCCCCUUCAGCCGCGUCGAUCAACACCGCCGCCGCUCCAGGCAAAAGCGCUUUCGAAGAUUUGAACGAUAGUAUUCGUAUGGCACUGGGCGGGUCUCCGUCUCGACCGGCACCCAUCGCUCAACAACAAGUCCCAACCGCGCAACAAGCACAGCAACAACCUAUGCAACAGGGUUUCGGCAUGUUCGAUAUGGUCGGCAAUAUGCCCGCCACCGGGCAGCCUGUUAUGCCUGGUGGUCCAAUGGCCGGCUACGGUAUUCCUACCCAAGUCCCGGCGGGGUACGGUUCCCCGGCAAAGCAACCGAUUUCAGGUUUUGACGGUUCGGGCUCGAUCCUGAUGCCUAUCAGCGUAGCUGGACAUAAUAAUAUUUUAGCAGCAGGGCAACCCCAAAAUGCAGCAUCCACGGGGAAAGUUUUGACCGGAGAUUUGGAUAGCAGCCUUGCUAGCCUUGCCCAGAAUUUGUCUAUCAAUAAAAGUGCGCAACAACAAGUCAAGGGUAUGCAAUGGAAUUCUCCUAAAAAUGCUGCCAAAACAGGAGGUCCAGCUGGUGGAUGGACACCACAACCCAUGGCAGCAACUACUGGUGCUGGUUAUCGUCCAAUGGCAUGCUACCGGCUGUUGCAGGGUCAAGGAAUGACGCAACUUCCUACAACCACCUUGGGCUUUCCUCCCCACACUGCACCAUUGGGAAUGCAAGGUGUCCCAAUGGGAAUGCAAGGCAUGCAGGGCAUGCAGGGUAUGCAGGGCAUGAGGCCGAUGAUGGGUACAAUGCCUGGUGGUCCUGGUGGCAUGAUGGUUGCAGGAGGAGCUGCACCAAUGAUGAUGCCCAAUGCGAAUCCCAUGAUGGGUGCUAAUCUUCAGCAACAACAGCAACCACAGCAGCAACAGCAACCCCAGGCUGCUGCUACACAGCCACAAAAUAAUCAAGUCCAACUUGAUCCGUUUGGUGCUCUGUGAAGAGAUUAGGAAUUUGGAUUGGAAACGAGCGGACGAAGCACCAAUUCUGUAAAUAUCGUGUAAUAUGCCUAGAAAAUGUGCCCCGCUUAUUCUCGUUAUUCUACGUCAUCCGCCACGAACCGACCCGUCCCCGGUGAUUCAUGGAAGAAGAAGAAAUCUCCUCGGUACGACGGUGUCGACCUAUUCCCGUACACAUAUUUCUACUGCUGAUCGAGUAUAAUCGCAUAUACGGGUUUACUCAGUUUACGGCGGUUGCCUUACCGAAAUAUGCGUGUAGUCUCAGUGUAUACAGUUCUACGAAGCGACUAUAAAUAGAGAGUUUAUAGACAAGUUAAACAGAUAUGAACCGUAUUGCGUUUAGAAUUCCAUGAAUGCGUGGAUGCAACUAUUCCGUAAGAGUUGACUGUGAUAGUACUGCAUUGACAUUGUAGCGUUUUUUUUCCAGUAAUUCUCGGCUAAAGAAUAUACUGGCAAAAAUCCGGGAGAGAUUGGGGGUCGUAUGUGUUCGCACGUGUGCAUGUAUGUAUGUAUGAGGAAUCUUCAUGUAGCAAAAAAGUAGAGAGUUUCAUAUAGUUCCACAAGCUUUAUGUAUUCUGAAAGAUGUGUCCAGUAAGGAAGUAUCGUCUCUCUUUAAUAAGGAAAAGUAUAUCUCGGUCGGUAUCGUCAUGAUUCUAAACGUAAAUACGUCGAGAAAAUUAUACAUAGUUGGCUGAUGCAUGAUGUAUCCAUAAUAUUAUAAUAAUAUGUAAAAUUACGUGUUGCGUAUACACGUAUACGUACGCGUGAUUUUUAUACGUGUAUACGUAUAUCGUAUCCAGAUUCGCGCGAAUAAUACAACGUUGAAAAUUAUAAAUAUAUCUAUAUAUAUAUAAAUGUAUAUGUACAUGGCGUAAUCCUAAAAUAUGGCGCACCCGUGUCGCUCUUCGUUUCAUUUUUUUCGUACUAUCUUGAUUUCGACUCAGGGCGCUGAAGCAGUUACGAUGUAUCCGUUGUUAAAGUAUUAAAUAUUAAAUAAUAAUGUAUUAUAUAUACAUAUAUAUAUAUAUAUAAUAUAUAGAGAGAAAGGGAGAGAGCGAAUGAGCGAAUGAAUGCGUUGAGUGGGAAUGUAAGAUGGUCCAGCUAAUGUUCUUUAUCCGUAUACCGUUCCGAACUGUCUUAAUUAGGUAAUUAAACGAACUAUGUACACAAAUUAAGAUUAUGAUACUCAUACGAUUAAUUAUGAAUGUAACACGUGAGUCUACGAUUCAGUAUGGUACUAUUAAUAUAGUCAAUAAUGACUGUUCUAAGGUCUAAUUCGGGAUUCGUUUUGUCUCUCGCCGUGUGCAGCUACCUCCACGAAUCUGCGCUGUGUAAUUAACGAGGAACAUGUAUCUUUAUUGCCGUCUGGAGUUAGCCAAUCAAGAGGCUGCACGGAAUCCUAGAUGGAGAAAUAAAAUGUACCAGGAUAUAUUUUAUUUUCUUCUCCACGGAGUUACAUCUGGUCACGAUUUCUUGUGGCUGAUUCGAAUAAUGUCUGUGAGAAGGAGAAAGGGAUAACGUGUACGUAAAGAGAGGAAUGAGAUAUAGGAAUGAUUUCACGUGUAAGAUCUCUGGUACGGUCAUCUGAAUCUUGGUGAAUCGCAGUUACUAGUAGCUGGCAGUUUUUCCUUUAACGUUUUUGUAUUUUCGUAUAGAAGAGAUGGUGCAGUGUAAAUUACACGAUAUAGGUUCCUGUUUGCAAAUAUCUUUUUCAAAUGUUGCUUUAAGUAUUGUAGAGUUUUGAUAGACCUUCAUGAAGUUUAAGUGAAACAUUCCAUUUGAAUGAAAACAUAAGAGAAUUUUUGUAAAAAGAAAAAUGUUAUUAUUUAACUAUUUAAAUCUAUUUAAAAUUGGAUCGGUAAGUGGCACAAAUAUUAAAAACCAAUGAACGUAACAAACAUGAACAUUAAGUUUUUCUUUUCUUUUUUUUUUUUUUUAUACUGCCAGAUAAUUGUCAGUACGAGGAUGAAUGGAACGCGUUUUGGUUGUGUAUGCAGAAAGGAAAUUUGGCAAAAAAGAGAAGAAGGAUUAAUGAAAAUAUGAGAUACUGUGUUGGUGUGUUGGACUCUCUAAAAAGUCAGGGGUGUGCAGACUUGUUUCCCCAUCGGACCAUGCAAAACAUAUUGGAGAAGGUACAAAUUGUGCAAAUAAUAUUCUGUAAAAACUAGUUAAAAAAUGGUAAUUUGCGAUUCUUUAAGCCUAAUCUCUUAAUUAGAUACUAACUUACAAAUCUAAAAUAUCAUCAAUUUUUCAGAGAACAUUCUUUAAGAUAAUCGUGCACCCCUGAUGCGAGUUUGUGACUUAUUUACCAUUAGGUGUCCUUGUAUAAUGCGAUCAUAGAAGUUGACGAGAACAACGGCUAUAGGAAACUAGAUCAUAAAUUACAUGUUCAAUUAACGUCUAUGAAUCACGCGAGGAACCUGGUCACCAUUAAGUUUAAGGAAAUGAUCCUUUAAUUGUUCCCUGUACAUCCUGGUAGAACCUCGUUGAUCCAAAAAUGUACUCAAGAAGGACAACACAUUUGGAAUUAUUAGAGAAAGAUUAAAAUCAAUAAGGUUCUAUUUUUAGAGGAGGUGCUGUUUUGUUGAAGUCAUAUAAUGAGGUACAAAAAUUUCUGACCAGUUAUUUUCUUCGCUCUAUCUUAGAAAUAUCUAUAUAAAUAAUAAAAACCACGUAAAACUCGCAGAAACUUUUGAACCUUGGUCUAUAUAUCUUCAUUAACGGACAAGAAAGAAAUAUUUGAAAUUGUGUAGUUAACGUAUAAGGAAGGAAGAUUAUUCAAUGAUACUUCAAUUAUGUGAGUUGGAAUUAAUGAGAUAUUACUUCGCACAAACGACAUGUGGAUAAUGAUAAAGCUAGUAGAACCUCGUUAAUUCAGACUCGCCCAAGGUUAAUAUCAAGAGAAAAAAAAAAAAUUCCAGUGUGAUGUUGUAUUUUGAAAUUGUAAUUCUGUUCAGAUUCGUGAACGGUGGAUGUAAAUCUUGUAUCUUUUUGUAUGCAUCACAGUUGUGCUAAAAAGGGUUGGUGUAUCUCAUCGGCUACGUUUAAAAACGAUGCUUUAAAUGGCAAAACACAAUCUGUUCGUGUAAACUUACUGGUGAUCAAGUAUAACAGGACAAUAUUACACAUACAUAUACAUAUAUAUACACAUAUACACAUAUUUUAUCGAGAAUUAUAGGGCAGUAGCAAUCUAUGUAACUCUUCCCUGUCAGCUAGAGAAAGACAGCACGAUAUAUUAGGAAAAAAAGAGAAACAAACGCUAUAUUAAAUCUUUCGUCGAUCAGCCAUUAACUCAUUCAGUGCCAUGAAAGAACUUGGAAAUGAUCCUAUCUUCUUCUUCUUCUUCUUCUUCUUCUUCUUCUGAUCCUAUGUGAUGCAUUCAAAGAUCACUAGCUAACUGAAGAGGGUCCACUAGUAUCAUAAUGUAUUAUUUCUUUUAAUUUAAAUAUUUAAUUACUUUAAGCAACUGAAAUAAAUACUCAAUCUAUAAUUGACAUAGAGUAAUAUAAAAAGAAAAUUUUCAAGUAGUAAAAAACAAUAAGUUUAGCUUAUUGUUUGUUCAUUUUAUAGUGUACAGUUUCAUUAACAAGAAUAGAAGAUAUUCAUUCAGAGUUGAUGUAAAUAUACUAUGAUACAUUUAAUUAGAUAAAUUGUACAUAACAUCUGUCUUUGACUAUUAUUAAAGCUGCUGGUUCUGCUCUAUUGAUUGAUACAAAGUUUAGCAUGUUGGAAGAUUAAAAAAGGGCAAACCUGUUAUUUAGGGAGAGGCACUGAAUGUGUUAAGAGCGUCGCCCUGGAGGAACCUGUAAAGUUGCUAGCGUUUAGCCAGAAAUAUUUUGUUUAACGAGAAAGUAAUGAAAGAUUGGACGAGCUCGACCGAAUCGAUAUCGGCAGACUUAGAGUCUCUAGAGACGGAGAAACCGCUAUUUUUUCUGAUCAUUGAUAACAAAUCCUAGUAAUGCCAUAUUUGUCUCAUUUUCCGUUCUACACCUGUGUGUGUGUGUGUGGAUAAAAAAUUUCUCAACGGAAGAUGUGUACACCAGUAAAACAUUAGUUGAGACGCUAUUAUUUACAAUUACUUUGUAUUAAUUGUCAUUGAUAUCAUUAUACGCUACGAAUAUGUUGUAAUGAUUAUUGUGUAACACAUGAAUGGCGUUUAAUAGAGUAUUUAUUGAAAUUAA